GGCCGCGCCGUCUCGUUGGCGCCGGCGGUGGCGGUGUCGCCAUGGACCGCAACCCGUCGCCGCCCUCCAGCGAGGCGGAGGAGGAGGAGGGGGAUGCGGUGGGAAGCACGGUGUACAGCAAGCACUGGCUCUUCAGCAUCCUCACUCGCCUGAUCGAGGUCAUCAGCCCCGAGAAGGCGGAGCCUGCUGGGAGCCCCAAGGGGAUCCACACGGAGCUGGAUGAGGAGAUGGAGAAUGACAUCUGCAAGGUGUGGGACAUGUCAAUGGAUGAGGAUGUCGCUUCAUUCCUUCGUGAGUUCAAUGCCCCAGAUAUAUUCUUGGGAGUUCUUGCCAAGUCAAAAUGCCCUCGCCUUACUGAAAUCUGUGUGGGAAUAUUAGGAAAUAUGGCCUGUUUUCAAGACAUAUGCAUGUCCAUUAGUAAAGAUGAGAAUCUUGGCCAAAUGUUAUUGCAACGUUUGUGUGAUUCAGACUCUCCAACUCUUCUGGAAACAAGCAGGUUGUUGUUAACUUGCCUUUCACAGCCUGAGGUGGCCAGUGUCUGGGUUGAGAGAAUCCGAGAAAACCCUUCCGUGUAUGACUGUGUUUGCUUUAUCAUGUCCAGCUCUACAAAUGUUGAAUUGCUGGUAAAAGUGGGUGAAGUGGUGGACAAACUCUUUGAUCUAGAUGAAGAGCUAAUGUUAAACUGGAUUAAAAAUGGCACUUGUCGGUCUGUGGGACCGUCUGUAGAGGAUUCCCCUGAAGAACUCCCAGAUUUUAAGAUUGUGCCUUGUAUACUUGAAGCAGCCAAACAAGUCCGAUCAGAUAAUCUGGAAGGACUUGAUGUUUAUAUGCAUAUUUUGCAGCUUCUGACCACGGUGGAUGAGGGUAUUCAGGCUAUUGUGCAGUCUCCUGAUGGAGGAAAAGAGACUUGGAGUCUGCUUUGUGACCUCAUUUGCCAUGAACUUUGCCAGCCAGAUGAUCCACCAAUCAUUGUGCAGGAGCAGAAGACACUACUGGCCUCUAUUUUGUCCGUGCUGUCUGCUAUGUUUGCUUCACAGACAGAGCAAGAACACACCAAGAUGAGGAAAAGCAAGUCAUGCUUUUUUAUAAUUUUACUUUUUAUUGUUUUAUUUUAAUGUUCACAAUUAACUUCAUAUAUGUGGUGGGUAAUUUAUUACUGUUUGCUGGAGAUCAGUUCAGAACACAGACUUCAGUUACACAUUUGAAUACAGCAAUAUUCUUUACUGGUUACUCUAAAAAUCACAGAAGCUCAAAGUUGUACUGGAUAUCUCUGAAGAUAUUCUAUUCUGCAAUAGAAUCUACAGAUUCUGUUCAGUCUCCAUUGAGUAAAUUAAUGAAAACUGCAGUAUUCGUCUUUGCUAAAGUAUGAGGGCUCAAUAGUAAUUUUUUUUUUUGGUAGAGGGAGGUGCUGCACUUGAAUCUAUCUUUAUCACUUGUUACUUUUCAAUCCAUUGACAAGUCUUCAGAAGUGAGAGCCUGUCUUGGGAAUGUGAGUUGGGGUCAUCUACAGCAGAAAGGCAUUGUGUUGGUUUGAUUUAUCAGAUAGGAUUAUCUGGAUUCAAAUUUAACCUAUUAGCCUCUCUGAGUUACUACUAGAGAUGUUUUCCUUCUCAUAUUCCUUACCACUGGCAUAUACUUUUUAUAGAUGCAGGUUAGCUUGCAGAGAAAAAGGUUUGGGUUUCUUUAAAACUGUCUUUGAGUACCAAAACACAACACUAUCAGAAUCUACAUUCUUAUUGCUUUUGUAUAAAAUCUUGUGGUGUGUUUCAAAUUCUAAUGCCUUGAAUGGAUGGGAAAUAAAAUUGAGUAUUAAGUUUCUAUUUUCUUGUUACUUUAUGCUAGAUAUGCCCCUGAUUGGGAGCUUGAUUCGUAUCUUACAAUACAUGGAGGACUGUGGGAAGAGACCUGUUGAUAACUCGAAGGAAUCUGAACAAGAAGAGACUGGAAAGACUGAUAUAAGCGAGGAAGAUUUCCACUUAAAAAUUUUGAAGGAUAUUUGCUGUGAAUUACUUUCCAAUAUGCUUCAAGAACUGACCAAGGAAAAUACGCUGGAAGGACUACACGAGGGACAUUUAAAUGAACAGACAUGUUCCUGUGCAUUUCAGAACCUCUUACCUCUGUAUCUUGCAUCAGUGGAGAGUUUCCUUGAAGUUCUGCGUGAGGCUGAUCAGACACUUGCUGACAAUCUAGAAAAGCGUUUCCCAAGCCUGAAGGUUCACAGUCAAGAAUGUGCAUGAACUAUUUCCCUUCUUUGGAAUGAGGAUUUUUAACUGUUGUCAUGAUACAGUGUUUCAGAAAUAAAGUUUUCAGUAAAUGAAGGGCAACUAGGCAACCUCCUUCCCAGCAGAUGGCUUUUAAGAAAUGUUCCAGGUAGCCCUGAUUAACCUAGGGUUAAUUGGGUCUGCAUGGGGAAGGAAAUUACUGUAAAUUCACUUUUGCAUCUUCCAUCGUGUUUGCUCUGGUGAUGAGAGACUCUUGAUUCCUAGUUGCCUUCCUGCAACGUAGCGUUCUUUGUAUAACUCUUGGUUCUGUGCUUUUUGAUUUAGUUAAAACCAGCAAAAUUAAUGAAAUGCACUGAGUAUUUUUUUAAGAUGAUUCUGGUUUCUCCCAAGUUGCUGCUGGCAAAAAGAGGAUUGAUCAAUAGGAAAUCCCUGACAUCCUCUGCCUAAGGACCCUCAAGCACCUCAAGCAGAGUUAAAUUAUACUUAGUUGUGUGCUUGUUUUUUCGUUUUGAGAUUGCGUCAAUACCUUGAGCAGUUAUUGUAACAGGAAUGGUCCAUCCUGCUUCAAAAUCUCCACGCUUCUUACGCUGAUGCUUCUUGUACACUGAAGCUCUGAGUUGUGGCCUCCUGGUUCUGUGUGGCUUAAAGGAUUUAGGAAUGCGGUUGUGAAUGAUCUAUGCUGCAGCUUCCAACCAUAAAUGAGUGGAAAACAAUUGGUCUUUAUUAGGUUUUAAGAUUUAAAAGACAGUGGGAACCAGAGCAUAGAGAAUACCACGUAAAAACAUUCCCUGGCUCUCCAGGUUUUUAUAGACUAAGUUUUGUGCUGGGCCAUGUUUUCUUUGCCCUGAGUUACCUGCAGAUAUGGUAAAAUACAGUAUGUGUCUAUGUACAUAGCUUUUUCAUCCAGACAUCCAGUUUUCAGAAAAAGUGCAACUUAAUCAUUCCCAAGGGCUGCCAGCAGCAUCUUAGUUGUUGGCAGGGCAUUUAGAGUUACAGAUAUCUGACUUCUGUCACCAAAAAGUAUUGCCAUGGUUUCUUAUCAAUUUUUGUAUGUUAUGUUUAUCGGAGAAAACUGGUAACUGUGAAUAGGAUGGUAGCAUUUUUCAUACUAUUUUGACAGUUUCUGGAUAUUUUCUUAAACCUAUAGAUUUGUAAUAAAGUUUGUUUAAAAAAAAAAAGACAACAACCUCUGUGCUUUCCUUCAUUUUAAGUGUCAAAUAAAUUCGUUUUCUGAGCCACUGGAAAUGUCUGUUAUUCUCAAGUAUGUAAUUUGUAACAGGAAAAUUGAACCUCUUCAUAAUGUCAAUGUCCUGUAAAAUAUGUUGUCCUGUAUUGGAUAAUCACUUUAACUCUCUCUUGCUUUCUUUGCUUAGUCAUGAUUAUGGUCUGGGAGUUAAUGUCUCUCUCAUCCAGUUGUUAACACUUUUUUGAGCACAGUUUGUCCCAAGAUGCAUCGUAAGUAUCUUUAUGAUAACCAUAGGUAAGAAUUAUUUCUGUUUUGUGUCUUGAAAUUUGUUGCAGUUGUUGAAAUCUUGCAGGAGUUUAAUGUAAUGUACAAAAAAGCAAAGGCAAGAUCUGUUUUAUUUUAUUCCUUCUUCUUCUAAAUACACAAGUAUCCAUUAUUGGCUGAUUUAAUUGUUUAAUGUGUACCACUAAUUAAAAUGAGUAGGUGAGAUAUAUUGUUUCCCUGAUACAAUUAUUGCCUAAGGGGAAUGAUGUCGAAUACCUGUUGUGUUGUAGAAAAAAUGACCAAUGUCAAUAAGUGGGAAACCAGCUGGGUCCCGUCCUCCCACUCUUCUGCAACAGAAACUGUAGAAAUGGGUCCAUCAGCCCAUUCAAUUCAAGUAUGCUGGGAAUCUUUAUCCUUGAUAAAUGUGGUGAAAUGGAGACUGAUUUCUCCCUUUGCCCCACCAAACAGCUGCUCUCGAGCAGCCUGUGCUGUGUGGGUGGGGGAGCGCUGGCUUUAGGAACAAGAGGCUGGUGUCACAUUGAAUGCACAGUGAAUGUGUAAUGCUUUUGGCGUUCAGAUGUGGAAGAAACUGGUAGUGAGUGAAUGAUGUGUUU